AUGAUUAAUGCAGCUCUAAUAAGUGGUUUGCUUUCAAAUUUGGCACCUCUGAUUAAGGAUGAAUUCUCGUUGUUUUGGAAUUUUAAGGAAGAUGUUUUAAAGCUAUCAAGCACACUAUCUUCAAUUAAUGCUGUACUUGAGGAUGCUGAGAGAAAGACCGUGCGGGAGAAGGACAAACAAACGGAAGAUUGGUUGCGGAAACUCGGAAAUGUAUUGUAUGAGGUUCGAGACAUCAUGGAUGAUUGCACCUUUAAAGAUCUUCGUCUUCAAGUCAAAAGGCUUAAUGCCUCCUCUUCAACCCGGAUCCAGGUAACCAACUCAAUAACCCAUCCUUUUAGCAAUAUUUGGAUGCGUCGAGAAAUUGGUCAAAAAAUUAAGGAUGUUCAAAAGAAACUAGACCAAAUUUCUUCGGAGCGCCAAAAGUUACAUUUGCGUGAAUCUAUUCAUGACUCAAAAAUAGACAAGUUUACUAGUAGUUGGCGUGAAACCAUGUCUCUUCCUAGUUCUAGUAAAGUAUACGGGAGAGAUAAGGAGAAGAAACAUAUUAUUGAUAUUCUAGUCAAUAAUACAUCUUCUAGUGUUAAUGUUGCCAAAGAACUAUCUGUUCUCCCCAUUGUUGGAAUCGGGGGUCUUGGUAAAACAACAUUUGCCCAAAUGGUCUUCAAUGACGAGGAGAUUGCUAACCAUUUUGAUACAAAAAUCUGGGUUUGUGUUUCUGAUGAAUUUGAUAUUAAGUCUGUUAUUAAAUCCAUCAUAGAAGACAAGGCAGAAGCUUGCUUAGAAGAUUUGCAGAAAAAAGUUAGGGACAAGUUGAAAGGGAAAAAAUAUUUGAUUAUAUUGGAUGAUGUUUGGAAUGAAAAUGUUGAGGCAUGGGAUCAGUUGAGAUCUAUCUUGGAUUGUGGAUCAAGUGGUGCGUUUGUCCUUACAACGACACGUAAAAUAAAUGUGGCAAGAAUCAUGGAAACAAUUCAACAUUUUGAGUUAUCAUUGCUCUCUAAUGAUGAUUGUUGGCUACUUUUUGAGCAACGUGCAUUUAUGUGUGGAACACCAAAAUCUUCAAACUUUGUUGAUAUUGGUAAAGAAAUAGUUAGAAAAUGUAAGGGUGUUCCUUUAGUUGCCAAGACAUUGGGAAGUCAAUUGGGCUUUAAGAGUGAUAUAAAUGAAUGGUGUAAAAUAAGAGACAGUGAGAUAUGGGAGAUAUUCCAAAAUGAAGAAUCAGAUUUGUUGCCUAUUCUAAGGUUGAGUUACUAUGACCUCCCUUAUCAUUUGAGAAGAUGCUUUGUGUUUUGUGCUAUAUUUCCCAAGGAUACUAGAAUUGAAAAGGACAGAUUAAUCAAAUUGUGGAUGGCCCAUGGUUUAAUUCCUACAAUUAAAAACCAAGAAGUGGAAGAUGUUGGGAAUACAAUUUUGAAGGAGUUGUGUUGGAGAUCAUUUUUUGAAGAUGGAAAAACUAGUUUUUAUAAAAGAUGUACGAUGCAUGAUCUUAUCCACGAUCUUGCCCAAUCUAUUAUGAAAGAUGAAUGUUAUAAGCUGGAUGCUAAUAGCUCAAGUGAUGGUUUAGGACGUGAUAUUCGUCAUGUAACAGUAAUGUUUCAUUGGUUAGCCAAAACAUCAGUUUGUUCUCUUAAAAAUAUUCGAGAGUUGCAAUCAAUAAUGCUCUAUGGAAAAGAUAAUGGAGAAGGCGCAAUGGAGAUUUUGAGUAUUUUGAAGGAACUUCCGUCUUUACGUGUCCUUGAAUUAAACAACGAUAUGAAAUAUCAUGGUGUGUUUUAUGUGCAAUAUCAAGAUUUGCGUAAUGUGGGAUGUCUAAAACAUCUUAGAUACUUAGACAUUUCAUAUAGUAGGAUAACUGCAUUACCCAAUAGUAUUUGUAAUCUUUUGAACUUGCAGACUCUACAACUCAAUUCUUGUUGUCAGCUUGAACGAUUGCCUAGAAACACAAAAGACCUUAUUAGCCUGAGACAUCUUUAUUUGGAGGGUUGUAGUAGAUUAAUCUACAUGCCUGGAGGGAUGGGGCAAUUGAAACUUCUCAAGACGCUAAGCUUGUUUGUGAUAGGUGAGAAGAAGAGUGACUGUCAACUAGAUGAAUUAAAAAAAUUGGAUAUCGGUGGAUCAUUGAAAAUUAAACGCCUUGGAAGAGUUAGUGAUGCAUCUAUUGCAAGAGGGAUAAGUAUGGCUAAAAUGUCGAGUAUCAAUAAAUUGAAUCUGGAAUGGACAUCUAACAAUGAAGUCGAUGAUAAUGAGAGAAAUAGUACUAGACAUGAGAAAAUUGGUGAAGCUCUGGAGGUUUCAACUACAAUGCUGCAGGAAUUACAAAUGAGUGGUUACAAAGGUGUGAAUCUCCCUAAAUGGGUGGGAAAUUCAUUUCCUUUUCUAACAUUCCUCAAGCUUAACGACUUGGACAAUGUGAAUACUAUUUUUAGUAGUUGCGAUGACAAUGAAAUGAUAGUACUAUUCCCUUUGUUAGAGCAACUUGUUAUUGAUAGCAUGAAGAAUUUGAGGAAAUUAGUGUCUUCUAGCUGUUGGAGUACUGGAGCAUUCCCUAAUCUAUGCACGCUGAAUAUAUCUGAUUGCCCAAAACUAGGGAGGUUGCCUCCACAUCUCAAAGCACUCAAGCAUCUAACUGUUGAAGGUAAUCAAUGUUCCGAUGAAUUGUUAUAUAGCAUCUCGAAUCUUAAUGGGCUAACAGAUCUAAGAGUUUAUGGUUUCGAAAAUGUGAAGUACAUAUUCACAGUAAACAACAUGAAUACUAGUGGCAAUGACAUUAAUGAAAUUGAAGUAGUAUUAUUCCCUUUCUUGAAGGAGCUUGAUAUUUCUGACAUGAAGAAUUUGAGGGAAUUUGUGUCUCCUACUAUUCAUAGUCCUAGUUGUUGCGGUAGUGCUAUUACUGGAACAUUUCCUAAUCUAUGGAAGAUAAUCAUAACUCAUUGCCCAAAGUUAGGGGCCUUGCCACCGCAUCUCAAAUCACUCGCAGAUGUAGCUAUUCGGGGUGAAUGUUCGGAUGAGCUGUUAUAUAGCAUCUCAAAUCUUAGGGGUCUCACUCAUCUCUGCAUUGAAGAAAUGAAUGAAAGAAUCGUUUUAUUUCCAUCUGCAUUAAGGUUUGGUAAUGAUGAUGAGAUACCAUCCUCAACCUUUACAGACAAUAAUGAAGCACAAGGAAGACAGUCAACUUUCCAAUCUCUUCGACAUCUGAAAAUUUACAAUUGCUCGAAGUUAAGGCGUUUGUUUAAUGAGGGAAUGAUAAUGCAAGAGACAUUAACGAUUAGUGGCUGUCAGAACCAACAAAAUCAUCUCCAAGGACAAACAAAAAGAACAAGUGGUCUCACCAACCUCAUGAACUCCCUCAAGGAAUUGUUAAUUCGUAAUUGUCCCAAGUUGAUGAUAUCACUUGAGGAAUUCGGAAACCUCAAUAUUAAUAAUUCAUUGCAGAGUUUGAAUAUUAAAUACUGUCCUAAGUUGGUGUCUUCAGAAGAAGCGGACGAUUUUAUGGCACUCCUGCGUUCCCUCCGAACAAGAAUUGGUCGUCAGAAGUUCACAGUAGAUUUUCUAUUGGAUGUGGAAGAGGAAGAACAGAGAAAAGUUGCCAUAUAA